AUGUUGCGUGGCAUGAAGUCGUCCUGGGCUCGAGGCCUCUCGACACUCUCGUUUAAGGCGCCACCACCAGCCCCAAAUCGACGUGUGGUCGUGACUGGACUAGGUGCUGUCACUCCUUUUGGCGUGGGCGUAAACCGCUCCUGGGAGGCGCUAUUGGAUGCAAAGUGCGCGAUUCGAAAAGUGGAUAAGCUUGUCGAUACUGGACUGCAGUGUACCAUUGGUGGGUCCGUGCCACGAGGAGAAGGAGAUGGGGCCUUUCGCACCAAAGAUUGGGUCAAUCUCAAGAACAUUCGGUCUCAAGAGCCCGACUUUAUUGCGUUCGCACUGGCAGCAGCUGAUGAAGCGUUGAAGGACUCAGGAUGGACCCCUCAGUCGGACGAAGAGAGAGAGAGAGCUGGCGUCGCAAUCGGUGCUGGUAUGGGUGACAUCCAGGAGGUCAUGGAUGUUGGACAGCUUAUUAAGGACAAGAAAUAUCGCCGUGUAUCUCCCUUUUUCGUAACAAGAAUUCUCAUAAACCUUGCGGCAGGCCACGUGAGCAUUGAGCACGGGUUGAAGGGACCGAAUCAUUCUUGCGUCACGGCUUGUGCCACGGGUAGUCACAGCAUCGGUGAUGCCGCGAAUUUGAUUCGAUACGGCAACGCUGACGUGAUGGUUGCUGGAGGUACUGAAGCGUGUCUCAAUGAGAUCUCGGUUUGUGCUUUCUCGCGCGCGCAAGCUCUAUCUACAAAGUUUAACGAUCGCCCACAAGAAGCGUCGAGACCAUUCGACUCGGAACGUGAUGGAUUCGUCAUGGGUGAAGGCGCUGGUGUUGUUGUGCUUGAGGAGUAUGAGCACGCCAAAAAAAGAGGUGCUAAGAUCUAUGCUGAGGUGCGGGGGUACGGUCUCAGUGGUGAUAGCAACCACAUGACGGCUCCUCCGGAAUCUGGUGAUGGUGCUCGAAGAGCUAUGCAAUCAGCGAUUGCACAAUCUGGGCUCGCGGUGUCUGAUAUUGGCUACAUAAACGCGCACGCGACUUCAACACCUUUGGGAGACCGUGCUGAGAAUGCAGCUGUGAAGGAGCUAUUCGGCGAAUAUGCGAAUCAGCUCGGAAUCUCGUCUACGAAGGGAGCUGUCGGUCACUUGCUAGGCGCUGCUGGUGCCGUGGAGGCCAUCAUUUCGAUCAAGGCGCUAUGUGAAAACGUGAUGCCCCCCACGCUCAACUUAACGGAGACAACGGAGGAGUUUACGCUGAACUACGUGCCUAACCAGCCACAGGAGAAAGUGUUGCGGGCAGUGCUUUCGAACUCGUUCGGCUUUGGCGGAACGAACGCAAGCCUUUUGUUUGCAAAGUAG